CCCUCAACAAAACUCCCUCAUAACUUAUCUUUUUUCAGUUCUAAAAAUGGGGUUUCUUGAAAUCUUAUUAGUUCUAACAAUCACCACCAUUGCAACACUACCACUAGCUAGCGGCAUAGGUGGUGGUGGGUGGUCUAACGCCCAUGCCACCUUCUAUGGUGGUGCCGAUGCUUCUGGUACAAUGGGUGGAGCAUGUGGGUUUGGAAAUUUAUAUAGUCAAGGAUAUGGUACAAAUACAGCUGCAUUAAGUACUGCUUUAUUCAACAAUGGACUUGCAUGUGGAGCGUGUUUUGAGAUCAAAUGUGUGAAUGAUAAAAGAUGGUGUCUUCCAGGGUCCAUUGUUGUCACAGCUACAAACUUCUGUCCUCCAAAUAGCGCACUUCCAAACAACAAUGGAGGGUGGUGUAAUCCUCCACAACAACACUUCGAUCUUGCUCAACCGAUUUUCUUGAAAAUUGGUCAAUACAAAGCUGGAAUUAUUCCCGUUCAAUAUAGAAGGGUUGCUUGCAAGAAGAGGGGUGGAAUGAGAUUUACAAUAAAUGGUCAUUCAUAUUUCAAUUUAGUGUUGUUGACAAAUGUUGGUGGUGCUGGUGAUGUUGUGGGGGUGUCUAUUAAGGGGUCUAGAAGCAAUACAUGGCAAGCAAUGUCGAGAAACUGGGGGCAAAAUUGGCAAAGUGGUGCGAAUCUUGAUGGACAAGCUUUAUCUUUUAAGGUCACAACAAGUGAUGGAAGAACGGUUGUUUCUAAGAAUGUGGCUCCUGCAGGUUGGAGUUUUGGACAGACUUAUGCUGGAAAACAGUUUAAGUCUAUCGGUCUCUAACUCCAAACUUUUAACUUAACAGUUAAGUUAAAAUACUUUUUUUUUUUUUUUUAUGUGAUUUAUAGUUAUAAGAUUAAAGUAUGGAAUACUGAUAUAUUAUAGUAACUAAUGUAAUAUAGUGAUGAGACAAACUUUAUGGGCCCGUUUUGAAAGGCCCAUAGAGUUGGAUGCGUAAACUAAACUUCAGGAAAUCUGACUGUUUACAAAGAUUUCCUGGAGUCUUUUCAGACAGCCCCGGAAAAGGACACCAACUAGAGUUGGUGGACUGUGUGGCAUGUCUUUUUUAGUGUGUGUAAUGCUCAGAGUUAAAGUUGUUAUGUGUGUGUUUUUUUUGGAGGUCAAAUGUGGUGUCA